AUGGAAGAAAAAUUAGUCACCGUUGCUUUGCAGGAACAAGUCCUGCAAAGCAUUAAUUCAAAUGUUCCAUUCAUCCCUGGGCAGAAAUUAUCCAAAGUCAAGCCUCAUUUAUCUGCUCUGGAAACGUUUGUCACAAGUGUCAAGUCAAGAAUUGCUGAUGGAACAUUCACGCCUGAAAAAAAAAAUAGACGGAUAAACGUGGCUACCGGUUUUUCACUCUAUUACCGAUCUAUUCAUUUGAAACAAAAAGUUUCCAUAGAAAAACAACCAGCCGACUUUCUUGAAGAUAUUGAAAACGGCUAUACAUCUGGGAGACAAAGGACAAGCAGCUUAGACGAAUAUUACCAUUUAUGUGGUUAUAAUGAUGCAACGUUUACACGAAAUCAGCAUCAGAAGCAACUCAUGGCUGAAUACUUGAAAAUAUCAGACCUGAGCUCAUUGAAGACAUCGAAUAUCAAAGAUUUUAUUAAAGCAUGCAAAGAAAGACAGGCGUUAUAUGAUGAUAUUAAAAAAAAACAAAAAGGUGUGCAUGAGAUUUGCAAGAGGUUCGACUAUAACAGCAGCAAAUAUCAUCAGAAGUCAUCUACUGGUGUAAAGUCAGUUAUUAAUAAUGUAAGCGAAUUCUAUCCACCUACCCCGGCCGACCAUAAAGAAAGGCCAGUAAAAACAAUCAUUACUUUGGGCGAUGGUGUGGUUUAA